AGUCCAUCUCUAAUUUCAGAGAAUAGUACGAUAGCUGAAAAAAUGACCAUUUAAUUGUGUAGUUCCCCGAAUCAAGACAAAGGCGGACUAAAAGUUAAAAAUGUCUAUUGACUUAAACGAGGCACUUGAAAUGCUAGUGGAAAAUCUAUCAAAAUCCAUUAAACCUGAGCAGCAAUCAUAUAUGCAAGAUGCAGCCGAAAUAUCCCAGAAAAUAAAUGAUGAGCUCAUCAACAUAAAUUCUAUUUUCAAGGGCUCAGUUUAUAAAUGGGAUCAAACAUAUAUGUUCAACUUUAAACCAUAUCCCAAAACGCAUGUUCCGAUUUUGUGGAUUGACAUUCCAUUUGGGAUAGAACCUCAGAAAGUUUUCGUUCAUCCCGAUCCAAGAUGCAGAUUGUUUAAUCUUAAGGCGGUUGUAAAUCAUCCAGUCGUUCAGAAUGGAUAUGUGAGCGGGGAAAGACUGCUCAAUCUGUUCUAUUUGGAUUUGUACAGAGCUGUUGACAGGAUGCACAUUUCCACUUGUAAGAGCGGAAAAAUGUAUAAUAUAUCGGCUUACUUCCUUAAAUCACAUGCAUCAAAAUUUGAGAUUGUUGUCAAGGAAUAUGGGAAGGAUGGGUUGGAGGAAAAUCCGACAAUAACUUAUAAGUUUCAACUCGUGUUUAACUUCUCCAACGAUUCUGUCCUUUAUUCAUACAUGAAUAACUACUUUCACCAAGUCGAAAAAUACAAGGUAGAAGCUAGUGGAAGGACCAGCAUUAAAUUGCUGACCAAUGCAAAACAAUUGUUGCUCCAAUUACAAGUUGCAGAUAAAUUCCUUACUGUUCCAGCUAUAAAUUUGGUACUCGAUACUUGUGUGGACUUGCGUGUUGUUUCAAAUACUGGAGAUGUUUUGCUUUCGGCUAUAGCAGGUUUAAUACCGUUGAGCGAAAGUUCCGGGACCUUGAUUUACGUCUUUGGAAAAUUACUGCACUUCAAACAGUCGGGCUCUGUUGAAAUGUCAGAGCUAAAGGCUCUUUUUGGCGUAGUUAAAUAAGAAUAAGGUUAAGAAAUAUAAGAAAUGUAUCUAUCUCAAUAUUCAAAAUAUCGAAGCUGCCCUCGAAGGCGGACUUGUAAACAUUUUUUUUAUGAACGUUAACUAACAAGCCUAUCAUUCAUUAUUUUUCAUAUUUCUAAAAUAUAUAAAAAUAAAAAAUUCGUAAUCUUAAA